AUGGCGAGAGAAUUGGUUUACGUUAGUGACCAAAGCAAUGGAGGUUUAGGUUUUGCGAUGAACAGCUCCGCAGGUGGAGGCUUAUUCUUGCUUUUCAUGGUGCUUGUCUCUUUUUCGCUUGUCUCGUUGGUCGUUUUCGUUUGUGGCGACGGUGAUGAUCAGAAACCUCACAAAAGAUUUUCUGGUGGCGGUGGUGGUGGCGGAGGUUUCGGAGGUGGUGGUGGUUGCGGUGGUGGCGGAGGUGGUGGUUGCGGCGGCGGCGGCGGAGGAGUGUUUCUUCAGGCUGUUGAUUGGAACUCCAGUGGUGAUACUGCAAGGAAACUUGUAGUUAUGACAUCUCACCUUCUAAGUGAUGCACAUCGGUAUAUAUUACGAUGCCUAAGCACGCAUCAAGCUGUUCGUGUUUGUUCAAUAUUUACUUCCAUCUCAGAGGUAGCUCACUCAGCAUAUCCUGAUUCACCUCUGGGCCCAGACGCUUUUCAUGAAUAUGAAUUCUUGCUUUUGCAAGAUUAUGAUGAACUUGUCAAGAAAAGUGAGGUAAAAUCAGAAGAUGAAGGAUGGUCACAACUCGUAUGCAGUGAAGAUGACAUCCUGCAACUUGAAACUAGCAGGAAAGAUAUAUUUGAAGAUAAACAAAUAAGUCAUGUGGAAGACGUAUUGCAAAGAUUGGUAGUUUCUGUGCAUCAUUUCCCUAUGAUUUUGUGCCCCUUUUCACCUAAAUUCUUUGUCUUACCUUCAGAGGGAUCAGUAGCUGAAGCAUACUUAUCUAUUAAACAUGAGGAUUCCCUUAGUUCUGGGUUGCCUCCUCUUAGUACGGGGUUGACCUCUGAUGGUGAUGAUUUCCCUCCUGGGGCAUCUCUUACAGCACAUUUUCUUUACCAUUUGGCUGCCAAGAUGGACUUGAAAUUGGAAAUAUUUUCCCUUGGUGAUUUGUCGAAGAAUGUUGGGAAAAUUCUGAUGGACAUGUCAAGCCUCUAUGAUGUAGGCCGUCGUAAACGAUCAGCAGGAUUAUUACUCAUUGAUCGCACUCUUGAUCUUCUUACUCCAUGCUGUCAUGGUGACUCUCUUGUUGAUCGUAUGUUCUCAGCUUUACCCCGAAGGCAAAGAACAUUAGCUUAUACGAACUUGAGAGGCUCGCAAGCACAACUCGAGCAUGGCCCUUCUUGCCUAAAUCAUCCUUCUCUUGAUGUUCAAAUACCACUUGGGAAAAUUCUAAGCGAAGAAGACUGCAAAAUUGAUAGUUCUUGGCUUUCAGAAAGCAUUCAAUCUUUUCUCUAUGGCUGGGAUUCUUCUAAUGUUGCUCCUCCAACUCUAAAUUUGAGUCAUCUUAGGAGCAACUUCUACUGAAUGUCUCCUAUCUGGUUUGAGCUACUAAGAGGGUCCCUGUUAACAGAGAGUUUUCAUGGUACACCGUAUAUAGAAGCUAUACUUGAUAGGAUCAAAGAUGGGGCUGUGCUGUGAAGAAAUGGCCUCAGGGAAGCUCUACGUCGUGAAAAUAUAACUGAGCGAUUGAAAGAAGCUAUUAUGGAUGCAAUCCUGAAAACCUUCUGUAUCAAAAUUGAAGUUCUCCAUGGUCUUUCAGAAGAACUCGAGGCCAAUUUAGAUAGGGCCAAAUCAGGGGAAACCAAAGAAACAUCUCCAGAUCACUUAGAAAUUGAUGACUUUGAUGAUGAUCAGUGGGGCAAGUGGGGUAGGGAAGAUGAAGAUAGUGGUAAUAGUGAUAAUAAAGACCGGGCAUAUGAUGAUGUACAACUAAAGUUGGAACUGCGUGAUAGAGUAGACAAUCUUUUCAAAUUCAUGCACAAGCUAUCGGGUUUGAGGAGAAAAAAUAUUCCAUUAAAGGAGGGGGCGUUGGCUUCUGAAAACAACUUCCUUGGUGAUCCAUAUGUAACCAAGGGAUUACUUUAUAGGCUUCUAGCAAGAGUGUUGAGCAAGCAUGAUAUUCCUGGAUUGGAAUAUCAUUCUUCUACUGUAGGGCGUCUUUUUAAAAGUGGUUUUGGGAGGUUUGGCCUUGGGCAGGCAAAACCAAGUAUCGCUGACCAAAAUGUCAUUCUUGUUUUUGUUAUUGGAGGAAUCAAUGGUCUUGAGGUAUCCGAAGCCCAAGAAGCAUUAUCGGAAAUUGGAAGGCCUGAUAUUGAAUUGAUUCUUGGUGGAACAACUCUUCUAACUCCCGAUGACAUGCUUGAUUUACUAUUGGGAGACUCCAGCCACUGUUGAUUUCUGUAUUAUAUUGAGUUUCCUCCUUUAUAUGUACCACAGAUAGAAGGUGCUGGCAAUAGAUGAAUUAACAAUUUCUUAUGCUAUUAUAUCAGGUCAUUUUCCUGUCUAAGAUAUCAAUUUUCUUAUUUUAUUGCCUAUAAAUACCUCCCUCUCAUGUU